CUUGCUCGUAUCACCUACUUCUAAAAUACUGUAGCUGAUAGUAGGUGAUUAUAUAAUAAUAAGAACUCAUAGUAUCAACACGGCCAAGUAAAGAGGUCUGUGAUAAAAAUUAAGAAUCCUUAAGAUAAUCAUGAAGAAAGUUGUAAUAUUUGGAUCUACAGGAAAUACUGGUUUAUGCGCUUUGCAACAUGCAUUUAAGAAAGGGCUUGAUGUUCGUGCAUUUGUCAGAGAUGAAUCCAAGAUUCCUGAAAAUCUUAAAGGAAAGGUAGAAGUGUUUGUAGGUGAUGUUACAAAUGCUGAGCAAGUAUCCAAAGCAGUGUCAGAUAGAGAUGCUGUAGUGGUGGUACUUGGUACCAGAAACAACCUUAGUCCAACUACAGUCCUAUCUCAUGGUUUAAAGAACAUAAUUGCAGCUAUGAAGGAAAACAAGAUUGAAUUAAUUUCAGUAUGUCUAUCAGCAUUUUUAUUUUAUAAGCCUGAAGCUGUACCUCCUAUAUUUAAAGACUUGAAUGCUGAUCAUCAACGUAUGCUUGAUGUUAUCAAAGAGAGUGGUCUGAAAUGGGUUGCUGUCUUACCUCCUCAUAUUGCAGAUUCUCCAAGUUCCAAAUAUGUGAUUAAGCAUGAUGAGUCACCUGGACGUGCUAUAUCAAAACACGAUUUGGGUGCAUUUCUUGUAGAAAGCUUAGAACAACCAGAUAAUUAUCAAAAAUUGUGUGGCAUUGCAUCUGCACCUCAGUAAUUGAAAAUUUUCUUAUCAACAUGCAUUACUAGUCACUUGGAAAUGGAAAAAAACAAAUGACAGUACUGUCUACUACCGAACAAUGUUACAUUAAUGCACAAAAAGAGGUACAGGUUAUUAAUAAUAAAGUUUAGAAUAUUAAUUGCUUUGAUUUUUAUUUUUUUGUAAAUGUAUCUGCUCAAUAGCCCUUAAGGAAAUUUUAAUCUGUACCGUUUACAUGUGAAAACAGCAAAUAAGAAAGUUAUCUAGCCAAA